AUAAAAAAACCAAACCAAGCUACGGUUGUCCCGUUCCUUUCAGGUUUGGCUUUGUUGCAAAGGAAAAACAAAAAUAUAACAUCAAAGAGGCAUUCACCAAACCAAACCCUGAAAGAGGUGUUUUUUUUUUUUCUGUUAUGUUAUGAGAAAUGCUCAGAUCUAUGAUUGAGGAAAGGAAAAGUCCAAAGAUGAAAGGAUGACGAUGAUGAUGAUGUUAGGGGCAGUUCAACUGGGAGCAGCGGUAGCGUGCGUGGUGGUGUUGGUCCCAAUGGGAAUGGCAGGAUGGCAUUUGAGCCGGAACAAGAUGCUCUUUUUCAGCGGUGCCCUUUUCAUAACUCUUGCUGUCUGCGUCCAUUUGACUCCCUAUUUCCCUUCCGUUUCUGAUUUGGUUACUUCCGUUUCUUCUGUUGUCGUCUUCGAUCACCGUAUUUCUUGCAUUAAUUUGGUUAACGAGAUUGCUUGGGAUGUGAAGCCCAACUCUUCUGUCCACAACGGUAGCCUUGAAUUGUAUAACAAGCGCUGGGAUUGGUCCAAAUCCUCAAAGCUCGACGCUUGUGACUUUCAGAAGCUGCCUGGAUCCGACACUUCCGAUUUGCUAAACGGCUCCUGGGUGGUCGUAGCAGGUGAUUCCCAGGCUCGAUUGUUUACCCUUUCUUUAUUAAAUUUGAUUUUGGGUUCGGAAGCUGACCGUAUGCAUUCGGUUAGAGCUGAUUUAUUCAAAAGGCAUAGUGAUUACAACAUUUUGCUUGAUGAAAUUGGUAUGAAAUUGGAUUUUUUUUGGGCACCUUAUGUUGUGAAUUUGACCAAUUUGAUGAUGGGUUUUAAGGUGAAAAAGAGUUACCCUGAUGUUAUGGUCAUGGGGGCCGGUCUGUGGCACAUGCUUCAUGUCACUAACGCAUCGGAUUAUGAUUUUGCCUUGCGAAUGUUAAAAAGUUCUGUAGUUUCUUUGUUGCCAUUUUCGCCCCAGUUAAGCAUGAAUGGACCCGUAACAGGCUCCGUGUCCAUUAAGUCUCCGCAUUCUUUUUGGCUCGGGAUGCCAAUGCUCAUCAAUGGGAUGUUGAAUACAGAGGAGAAGAGGGAGAAGAUGAGUGAUGCACUGUGGCAUGCCUAUGAUAGAGCACUUGGCGAUAGUAAGCUAUUACGCCAAACAGGUGGCCCUCUGUUAUUGUUGGACAUCCAGUCAUUGACUUGGAAUUGUGGGCCGCGUUGUACAUCUGAUGGUAUGCAUUAUGAUGGAGCUAUUUAUGAGGCUGCCGUUCAGAUCAUGCUAAAUGCAUUGCUAAUUGAAUCCCAUCAGAAGCUUUGAAGCCGCCAACAGUUUUUCUCCUCUUAAAUCGGUUAUGUGCAGCUUUUCCAGAAAUAUACCAAUGGUUUACAACAAGCUUCAGGAGCAUUUGACCCUUGAGAGAGAGGCUAGUAUCUUCUUGCCCUUCUAGAAUCUUUGAUUCUUCCCAGGUUUUCCCCUUGGCUUUUUGUUAACACACAAGUAAAAUUUUUUGUGUACGUCGAAAUUCUUUUUUUAGCUGUUUUAUUUUUUAUAUGUAUGAAAAUAAAUUCACUUGCUUGUAUACUAUAGUCUGAUUACAUUGUACGAUUCACAUCCAAUUUUGUUGUGACCAAA